UAGCCUCCUUCCUAGCAUUGUCUGAAUAAGCUUGCCAGGGCUCAUUACUUAGAUCAUCCAUCACUACAUGAUCAUCGUAAAAGCAAACUAUUUUCAGUACCAAGCCUUUACCUCUUUAAUAAUCCGGUGUUGCUUAAGAAGGUCUUGACCACCUCCAGCAGUCAUCAACCACCAUAACCAUAGGCUUUUUAACAGUCCUGCUCGAACUGCUAGUCAACACUCUUUUUAUUUUUAUUGUUAUUUUUUUUUUUCAUCCACCGCAACCAACCGAGUUUAACUAUACUCAUCCAUUCGCUACCUUUCAAAACGUUUUACUACCAAGUAUCCACUAUCAACGCAUUACAUUAAUACAUUUACCAUACAACAAAUUCAACAUGUCGUCACCAGGAUCUUCAGACUACAUGCGCAUGGGGAGGAGAGACUCAGCUUCGAGUAGCACCAAGAGGAGCUCCAGACCGAGACUCCUCCGAGCUUCUGCAACGGAGCCGUCCUUGUCAGCAUCGACAGCUACCCAUGGAGCACUUGCUAGCCCUCCGCACUCAUCGAGCAGACGGGCCACCGAUAUACUAAACCGAGUGGCCUACAUCAGCGGCACAUCGCCGCCCUCCGGUCAAAGCCCACUAUACGAGGGCAUGAAUGAAAGGAACGACACCUUGUCAUCAUCACCUACUUCUCACAGCACUGAUGAAUACUACACACGUCCUCACGCCUCAGAGAGGUACUUCAGCUUUCCCAGCUUCGACACUUGGGAGGGCCAAGAAGACAACAAGGACAACGAGGACAAAUCUGGCGAUUGAAGCGAAGCCUUAUCAGUCCUGGCACCAAUCAACGACAGAGGCAGGCCAAAAAGUUUCUAUUCCAUUUCCUUCUCCAGGGAAGCGGGCUUGUCUAGAGGCGCUUCCCGGAGCUACCCAAUAACGAUGACGAUAUAAUGAACCACCAAAACGAUAGCCCCCUUAUUACCACCACAGAGGAAUCAGCCAUCCGGAUCGACAGCACCAUCAGCUUACGAGGAUCACAAAAACCUAUUCGGAUCGAAUGCAGCAAUACAAGCGCAGCGUCGAGACCAGGUUCUAGCGGUAGACAUCGACGAUUGGGACCACGGCCAACCAGAGUACUGGGCCGGGAUUUCAUGAUCGUCGUUGCACAGAGCUGGGGCCGGUGUACAAGUACAUGGGUGAGGGACGAAGUGACAGGGCAUGCAACAAAAGGCCGCUCGGGACUAUUUUCCGGGCCGUGUCUUCCUUGUGUUGUGUUCUAUCCGUCCAGUCAACGACCGGCGUUGUGUGGAGGAGUAUUUUUUGCGUGGAAUGGAAACCGCGACGAAUGAGAAAGGCGAUGGAGCCAUGUAAUUGUGGAGAAGAACCACUUACCAAACUCGCAUGCAUAGAGACCCAACGCCUCUAGCCGAGCAUGACGCUUAAAUGGUAGAAAGAGAAUAACUAAAAUAAAAACAAAAUUGAUACCAAAACAACCUAUUAACCCCAGCCGGGGAACCAGUGCUAACGUGGGAAUGAUCAACGUGCCUGCAAGUCCAGAUUCUA